AUGGUUAAUUCAGUUGAAGGAGGUGAAUACUUUUUAGAUGGAGAAAGACUAUAUUCAGUAUUAAAAAAUAUAAUUCAAUCAAAUCAAGAUAAUAUUGAAAUGCAAUGUAUUAUUCCUAAAAUUAGUAAGUUAGUUAUUGAAAGUCUUAUUAAAAACAAUACAUUUGAUUCUUUUCUAAAUAAAGUAAUAUACAAUUUAAUUACUAUAAACCAACUAAAAGAAUCAACAAUCAUUUCUCAAUGGUAUUUAAUUCUUUGUGAACUUAGUGAGACAUUACAAAAACAUAAAAUACAUAAAAAUAUUGUUAUUCAACUAAUUCAAAAUUGCAAAGAAAUUAUUAUUUCUUGUAAUGAAGAUUUCACACAAAAAGAAAUUAGAUUACCAUUUUGUAUUAAAAUACUAGAAAUUUUUGUAGAAUAUUUAACAGAUAUAGAAAUUGUAAGAAUUUCAAAUACCUUAAUUCAAAAAUACAUUGAAGAUAUUUCUAUUGUUAGUUAUCCAAGUAGACAUGCCGUUAUUCAUUUUAUUAAUUUUAUUAAAAUUCAUAAACAAAAAAUAUUUGAUAAAAUAAUUAAGGUUAUUUAUAACAAACAUCCUAAAAAAAUUAUUCCUUUAAAAGAAUCAAUUUCACAAGACGAACAUAGACGUGGUCAUGUUGGAUUUUAUAAUCAUGGAGCUACUUGUUAUAUUAAUUCUGCUUUACAACAAUUAUAUAAUAUGAAAAUAUUUAGAGAUAAAGUUCUUGAAAUUAAUUGUGAUGAAUUAAAAACAAAUUCAAAUAAAUCAAAAAAUAAUUCUAUUUCUAAUAACCAAAAUAUAAAUACUUUAACAAAUAAAAAUAAACAAAAUUUAGAUGAAUUUACUAACUAUUUUUCUAAUAAAAUGGAUGAAGACUCUGAUAAUUAUUCAAAAGACCUUGCAAUAGAAGUUAUUCAUCAAUUACAAAUUUUAUUUACAGAAAUGUCAAUCGGAUCAAAAAAAAGUUAUUCUACUAUUCCUUUAAUUGAAUCAAUUCAAAGCUAUAAAAAGAGAAAUGACUUAAUAACAAUACAACAUGAUACAAAUGAUUUUAUAAAUUUAUUAUUUGACUGUAUUGAAGAAGCACUUAAAGGAAAUCAAAUCUUUGAUUGUUUUACAUGUAAAUUUGAUGACAUUAUUUCAUCUCUUGAUAAAAAUGUUCCAUAUAAAAAAAUACAUGAAAGUGAAUCACGAGAACUAUUUCUUCCAUUACAAAUGAGUGUUGAAUUAUCAUUAGAAUCAUUUUUUAGAGAAGAAGUAUUUAAUGGAGAAAAUAUGAUUAAAACUGAUGAUGGAAAAUAUAUUGUUGCAAGAAAACAAAAUAAACUUAAAAAUGCACCACAAUAUUUAUUGUUACAAUUAAACAGAUUUAGUAUUGCAAGUGAUCAUUUUUCUACAAUUAAAAAUAAUGAAGAGUGUUCAUUUAAUGAAAUUAUUAAUUUAAGUCAAUAUGGAUGUAAUCAAGAUUAUCAAUUAAUUGGUGUUAUUGUUCAUAUUGGAAGUGCAAAUGCUGGACAUUAUUUUAGUUUUAUUAAAAAUGAAGAAGGGUGGUUAGAGUGUAAUGAUAGUAAUGUUCAUUUAGUAUCAUUUAAUAGAGUAAAAGAAGCAGGGCUUGGAGGAGGGAAUAAGUCAUCAGGAUAUAUUUUUGUUUAUUCACGUAUUAAUAAAAAAGAAAAUGAAAACAAAAUUGGAAUUAAAUUAAAUCCAAGUUUGGAAGAAGAAAGAAUUGAAAUGUUAAACGAUAUAGUUUGCAAUGAUGUAGAACUAUUAAAAGUUUCAAUUGGAAGUGAAAUGAAUUUAUUUGUAUGUACAUUUAUACAAAAUAUAAUAAAUUCAUCGAGAGAAGAUUUAAUUGAUUUAGUUGAUCCAUUAUUAAUUGAAUUAAAAGAAAAUGGAAUGAAAACACAUUCAAAUGAUGUUAUGGAACAAACUGAUAUUAAAAAAUAUAUCAUAAAUAAUCAAAGUGAAAGAAGUAGAAUCAGAGCAGUUUAUUUAUGUAAAUGGUUUAUUAAAAAUGGUUCAAAUCAAAAUGUUAUUUCAUUUGUUAAACAAAUGACUAACUUAAUGAGUGAAAGUACAAAGAAUAUUUAUUGUUUAAAACAAUUCUUUAUGAUAUUAUAUUAUUGUUUUAAAUCGUCUAAAGAAGUAGAAGAAUUUAUGUUGAAGAAUAAUAUUAUUAAAGAAUUAAUUAAAUAUAUUGAAGGACUAACUGGAAACAAUAUUUUUAAUGAAAAUUAUUUACCUGAUCUUAGUUCAUUUAUGAAAUUAUUAAGUAAAACCAUUUACAAAGCUUCAUUAAGUAAUGACAUUGAAACACAAUUACCUAAAACAAUAAAAGAAAAUCUCUUAGAAGAACCAAUAUUUACUAGAAUGAAUCAACAACCAAUUAAAUAUAUUAGUAAAAUACUUCAAUGUAUAUGUCAAAAUAAUUACACUAUAUCACUUAAACUUGCUAAUAAAAUUAAAGGACAAAUUAAUGAAAUGAAAUAUAAUGAUUGUCAAAGAAUUAAUUAUGACUUUUUAAAUUUAUUAAAAACUACAGUAUUAAUGAAUGACCUUUACAAUUUAUUCAGAAGUUAUUUUAUAUUAAAUAAUAUCCCAACUAUUGCUAGUUCUCCUUUCGUUCCAAAUAAAACUGAUGAAAUGAAAAAUGGAAUAUUAACAAAAAUAAUUGAAGUUAAUACAAUUAAUACUUCUAUUAUUUCAAUUGUGGUUGAUUUAUCUAGAAAUGAAAAUGCUGAUAAUGUUAGAGAAGUUCUCUUUGAAAUGAAUCAUGUGUUAGAAGAUAUGGCAAUUCAUCUCUUAAAAAUAAUAAAAGAAAAAUAUUCCUCUCAAAUUCAACAAACUCAAAUUCAACUUAGUUCUUCUGAAAAUAUUUUCUUACAAUUAUCAAAGGCUUUAGCUAUUCAAAAAUUCCACUCUUUCCUUUAUACUUCAAAAGAACCUAUUUGUAAAGAUCUUAUUCGUUUAAUAGAAUUAUCCGAAUUACGUUCUAGUUAUCUGAAAAAUUCUUCUAAUGAUGAUCAGGUUCUUUAUGAAUUGCUUCAAUUAAAGAAAUCUUCAAGCCCUUCAUCUGAUUAA